GCUAUCUGGAGAAAUUCGCUGCACCAGCUUCGAAUCUUCAAAAUGUCAUCUGCUGCAUAUCAUAACCCGUCUGAGCAGCACGCGUCUCACGGGUACCAGCCUCCGGACAACACACCAUAUUCUCAGCCUUAUCACAACUAUUCGUCCCUUCCAAGUCAAUCAUAUGCAGACGUCCAAGGACCACUGCAUUCACAAGCUUGUGCAGAUCAAUAUGGAGUGUCUCCAGCUCCAACCGCAGACGCAACCUCAAUAGCUUCUGGACGACCCAGUGAGACGAAGCCUGCCUCAGAGUCUCACGUCCUCCAAACUCCCUCCCUACACACAGACCUUGAUUCUCUCGGGAAGACACAUCUUUUAUCUCAGCGCAACGACUUUUACCUUGACUGGGCUAUCAAGAUACUUGGCGUGGCCGCAGCGGUCACCUUCGGCAUAUGGGCACCUAUAUCAUACAAGAUCACAGCGGAUGGGAACAAUGGAAACGACAAGGCUCAAGCAUCGCUAAUGUCAGCAAUCAGCUCAAUGAGCGAUGAGGCUGCCACUGCUGCAACUGCGCAAAAAUCGGCCGUUACUGUGCUAGAAAAAGUACAGGAUCAGCUGGAAAACCUCGGAUUGCUACGUGCGUGGGAGUUCUGCGAUGGAAGAACGGAAGCUGUUUGUAUACAAUUACAAGCUUCUUCGAAAGAAGUUCUCGAUGCGUUGUCCAGUCUAGGCGGAAUGACUCCCAAAUUCUCCAGCACAGCCGCAACAUCUACGUUCAGUGCGGGUGCGACGAGCACAAAUGCUUCAGAAGAAGUUUCAGCUAGUAUGAGGCUAAAUAAAACAGCUCUUAUGGCUGUUAUACUCGGGUCAGUGUUUGGAGGUAUCGUGAUAAUUGGGCUGGUCGUUGGGGUCAUGGCAAAGCGUAGAAGAAACAUGCAAAGUGGUCAUUGAAACAUGAUUGGAUUGGACUGGUUAGUACUUGUGAUAGAUAGAUGAUGUAAUGAACAACGUAACACGG